UUGGCUUGUCAUCUUCUACGUCAACAACGUAAGGUGGUUAAACCCAGCGUGAUUCGAACCCGAGACGACGCUAGCCUUCGAUCGCAGGGACGGUACCGUCGAUGGCAUCGACCGCCUCCCUCUUCGUCCGUCUCUCACCCUGUCCGCUCCUCUCCAGUCGCACGAAGCCCGCCGCCUUCCCACGGGCGGCAGCUUCUCGUGCUCCAGGAGCGGCCGGCCUUGGCGGGACGCGGCUGGCGAGGCUCCACGCGCGCGCGAAAUUUGAGAAGUUCGAGGACGUUGAAGCGAAUGCCGACGGCGAUGACGACGGGGGAGUCCCGGAGGCCGCUGAACCCGCCGAGGAAGAUGACAGUGUCUUGCCGUCGGACAUGGAAGGUGCAAUCCGGCAAUCAAGUCAUGCAAGUGCUUUGUUCAUUGCUUCUGGAGGAACUAGAGCUAUUGUGGAACUUUUGAUACCAGAGCUUCAGUUUCUUGAUGAUGAAGGUGCUCAAGUGGAGCUAUGGGAAUUGUCAAGGAUCUAUCUGGAGUCGCUUAGAGAAGAAACAGGAUCCCAGAGAAUUAAGGCCGUAUUUCCUGAUGCUGGAGCUGCUGCUCUUCUCAAAUAUCGGUGGAAGGAUGCAAGUUUUGGUUUUUCCAGCUUAAGUGAUAGGAAACCUGUAGAUAACGAGGAUGAAGUUGUAGUCUUGGUGCUCCCUGAUUAUCAAAUGCUGGAAUAUGUUGAAAAAAUUGCAGCCCUGCUAUCAGAAUUCCCGCAAAGGCCACUCAUCAUGUGGAAUCCAAGACUCAUAAGUGAAGAUGUUGGCGUUGGCUUUAAUGUUCGGCAGCUAAGGAAAUAUUUCUUAAGCACAUUCACAACAGUAUAUUCCAUGAGACCGUUGCCAGCUGGUGCAGUUUUUAGAUGCUAUCCUGGAUUAUGGAAGGUAUUCUAUGAUGAUAAGGACAGACCAAACCGGUAUUUAUUAGCAAAAGAGCAGCCAUCUCGCCCUGAUGCAGAAGAACUUGAGAUAAUAUUUGGCAAUGUGACAGAGAAGUCAGAGAGUGGGCCUUCCCUGUUGGGUGGUGCAAUGAGCAUUUUCUCUUCGCUAAAUCGUUUCAUGAAGGCCAUCUCCAGAUGAUCAGAUACUUUGGCAGCUGCUAAAUAUAUUCGGGCUCUGCCUUAGUUAUUUAAUUAUUUAUUCUUGCAAAUUUCUGUUGAACUAUUUUUCUGUCCUCUAAGUAGGUAUCCUGUACAUAAAUGAUUUUAGUCCUUUUUGUGCCUUUCUCUCUCUUUCUCUUGGAAGCACUUAGGUGACCUCUUAAGGCUUGGCGGCAUAUAUUAUUACCUAAUAAAUGUAAAAGCAGAUUACAUAAA